AUGGAGGGAGAUAGAACCAUCCUAAGAGUUAUCCAGGACCUCAAAAAAGUCACCUCUGCUAUCCUUUGGGGAUACGGGGAACAGGAACACCCAGUAACAGAUGCCAGUGCUGAACUGCACGGACUCUGUGGCUACCUGGAGCUCUUGCUGCAGUUUGAUCAGAAAGAUCGGAGGAGAUUCCUGGGACCCCGGAAAGAUUACUGGGACUUCCUUUCAGUGGCCUUGCAGAGGAAUGGUGGAGACACGGAAGUCGUUCGAUUUGUCUACACCCUGGACAAGCUGAAGACCACUGUGGGAAGAGGUCGUGCAUUUAUCCGUUUCUGUCUGGCCCAUCGACAGUUGGCUGACACUCUGCAGCUCUGCCUCCUGGACCCUGAACUCACCAGGGAGUGGUAUGGGAACCAAAGCCCCUUCCUGUGCCCAGAGCUCAGCACUGACAUCCUAGAGACGCUUUAUGUUCUGAAUGGAGUGGCUUUUGAUCUCGAGUUGCAUCGGUGUGAUCUUGAUGGGGGCUGGCCUAUGUUCUCAGAGUCACGAUGCCAGGAUUUCAGCAUAACUCAGGAAAAGUUAAGGACAAAUCAGCCUCAAGAGCAGGAGAUAAAAGUCACACAUCUCACAAUCAAAGGAGUCCAGUCCAAGAAGACACCAACCCUCUUUGCUGGCUGUGACCUCCAACCCCAAGGAGAUGACCCCAAGGGGGUCUGCCUAGUGAGACCUAAUGGUGUUGGGAUACAAGAAUCCCUGACAGAAAAGAAGAUAGAAGAUCCUAAGAGCAGUAUAAGUCAAGGGACACUUGAGGGUUCCAGAGGACUGGAAGUGUUCCCACACCUAAGUUCCCUGCUUGGGGAAACUAGGAUGAUGCCCCAGGGACAGAACCCCAGACUUCAUAAAAAGCAACAUGAAAGUCUCCCAGGAACCAGGAUACCUGGGUUCCCUCAAGUUAGUCAAGAGCCAGAUCAAGAAAAGAUGCAUCAGAGAAAGGAAGAAAAAGAAUGGUUCCUAAGAGGAGGGCUCACUGAGCCAAUGUGUACAUCUCCAAAGAAUCAAACACAGGUAGAUCUCAGUCUUGUGAAAAAGAAAGAGGGGGAAAAGGUGUCUCCAAAGACAGUGCGGAUUAAGAAGGAACCAUCCGUCAGGACUGAGGACAGAGGUGAGCAGAUGGCACUAGAAAGACAGAAAAUGCCAACAGAUCCCGGAAGAGGAAGGAGAGACCAGAAAUCUGCUCCAAAGUACCAGCCAAAUACCUUGGGGGAGAGGCUUGAGGAAGAAGAGUCAGGACCCAGAAGGGAGCAUGAGAUCCAUGGAGUCCCAAGGGAGUCCAAGAUCUUUCAAGGCCUGGAAACAACAGGGGAGAGGCACAAAGAUAAUGAGGCUCAAAGACAGAUGCCUGAUGAAGCAGAAGAGCAGGAGAAAGGGCACCUAAGAGAUACUAAAGAUGUAAUCAAGAACCUCAAAGAAUGUCUACAGAAGGCUGAGGAACAGUCCCAGAAGAAGGAGAAGCUACUAAUGACCCUGGAGGAGAAAUUGAGAUCGCUGGAAGAGCAGUUGUUCAGAUGCCAAGAGCAGCAGGCCCAACUGAGGACAGAGCUGGAGCAAAGGCAACAGGAGGCUGAGAAGAGAGAGGACCGGUACCAACAGGAGCUCAAGGAGCAGCAUGAGCUGGUCCGAGCCAUGAAGAGACGCAUGGUGGAGCUGAUUCAGGAGAAGGACAGCCUCUGGCAGAAGACUGAGCAUCUCUCUUCCCUAUCCCCUGGGCUCUGUCUAGUCUGUAGCAAGGUUUUUGGUCGCCUGUCUAGGAGAUAUAAAUGCAGAGGGCUCUGGAUCUCCACAGACUCUGCGGAGGCCUCGUCUGCCAUGCCUGCUCUGUGGAUUACAAGAAGAAAGAACGAUGCUGUCUAUCUUGCCACCAGAAGGGAGAAACCUAGGUCGAUUAAGUCAAGACCCCUUACCUUAGGACUGGUCUCUUCCUUAUUUUAUGAUCGUUGGAUCAUUAGUCCCAAUCCUUUCCUUAAUGAUCUUCAUGUCCCCUUACUGGCCAAGGUGAUUCAGAAAGACAAAAGCCUCUGCCCUCUAGGAACUUAG